CCCAGAUCGCUGGCUCCACGAGGUCGUCGAGGAUUGGAAAUACGUUCCUCAACAACGUCACCUACCUGAGGGUAUUCUUUAUUGUACAAUAUGAGUUACGAUGCCAUUCAAUUACUUUGUUCACUCUGUACAUAGCAUAUGCAUCAUUUACAUGUAUCUGAGAUUGUUUCUCUAUUUCCCUACACUCAAACCCCAAACCCCAAACCCCAAACCCCAAACCUCAAACCCCCCGACUGUCUUUUCCAGAUGUCUGCUUGUAUGCACAGUCCAAACCAUGGUUGUGAGAGCCACUCCGCUUCUUCCUGCAUAACACACAUUCCACCUCAUUUGUAAGUCAUAGAUAAGGGUCAAGGCAUUUAUUUAAGUUUCUAUUUGCCUCCACAAGACACCUUUCUAUUUCUCCCCGGCCCAUUCAACGAUAAUAUUGUCCCCGAAAUGUCACUUCGGAACCUGUUUGGCACGCUGAGGUGCUCGAGAAAGAGAAGGCGGGAGAAUGAGACCUUCAAAGAAGCGCGGAAGGAGAUUCUGAAUCACCUUCGAGAAGUGCACCAGUCUGUCAAGCUUUUGCCGUUGACCAGCCUCACUAACGCAUACGCCGCCCGCUACAACAUCAGGUGCCAUGACCUCACGCUACGCACCGACGGCGGCUCCUCGGCUACGACACAGACGUAUUUCAAGCCUUGGCCCUUGGAAAAGCUCGAGCAGUUUCCCCUUGAUCUUGACAACCCGGAUACCAACAGCAACGUCCGAAGCGAUGAGGCGUGCUUUGCAGACCUCGAUAAAGAGAGGUCGCGUGAAACGACCGGUGAGGGUGAUUCAGAUGGUGACGACACGGGGAACCUUCUGUCCUAUGUACUCGUCUGCCAAUUUACACAACACGCGAGGAAGGCCACGGAGGCUGGAGCUACGCUCGAUGAUCUGUCAGGCUGGUUCGGAAGGUCCUUCAAUAACACCAUAAUCAGGGAACGUUAUAUGAACAUGGCCAUGUUCACAGACCCUGGUAGCAAUCCUCUGGCCUCACCACCUCUCAGAUUUGAAGAUGCUUGGUAUCCGCACCUGCCCCAGGGCCAGGAACUUCAUCACAUAAACCUGAUCGUGACUCAUGAGGCAGUGUGCGAUAAUAACAUCCUCCGUUCCGAGCUCCUUGUUCUCGUCGGCGUCAUGAGGACCCGGCUUGGGAGGGUAGCGCUGCAAGACCACGUGGUGGCUCCGGUUCUCUUGACAACGUGCACAAACAAUCUGAAGGCGAGGAUUCUGAUAGCUUACUUCGAUGGCAAGAAUUUGAUAGUAUCGAAGAGUGCUCUCCACGAUUUCUCUUCUCCGGAGGGGAGAGAGAGGAACUUCCCGCUUUUCCUAUUAUAUAUGUGCAGUCAGGCCGUGGGGGAUACCAAGGCGCUGGUAGCACCGAUGGCUACGGAGGAGCACGUUACUGAUUAAUAGGGGACGGGAUACUUGUGAUACUGUUCAGUGCGUUGAGCACUGGGUUGCCGAUGGUUAGUCAGACAGGGAACAAUGAAACUAUCUUAUUAACUGGGUGUGCUGUGCGUAUUUUUCUCUACUUGACGUUAACAGGGUGCUGUGCAGUAUGAUGGGGCCUUUGAGGCAGCGGGCUCCAACUAGGUCCAUUGCUGCGCAUAUGUUGCAGUACCAAAAGAUAAGAGAGAUAUAAAUGCAGUGUGAUCAGCCGUUACGGUUAUAACUAUAUCAGCAGACGUAAGUCCACCGAUCAUCUGACCUAUUUGGAGUAGACUGGGGAUGUCCGGGACCAGGGUGGAGUCGCAGCCAUCCCCGAAACUAUAUUAGUGAUAUUCAUUAGAGUUCAAAAUAUCAUGAACAGCUUGGAGACAUACCUUACCCUGGGUCUCAUAUCCCGAUUCCAGAAAACCGAACAAACUUUCCCUGGGCUAUCUUGCCCAACUGUGUACUUCCAAAUAAAAUAGUGCCCGUUAUAAAAUUUAAAUCAAUAGUUCCCAGGAUACUAAGAAGAGGGCUCCUUACCUCUCCGUGAACAAACAGGCACGUUCCACGAGUACUCCGCUGGAGGCAUGAAUAGACA